GAUAGCCCGCCAUUGGCACCUCAACUUCACCAUGUCGUCGCGUCAGCCCAGGUUCAACCAGCAAGCCCUCAUCGACACCACCCCUCUACCCGACGACAUCCCCAAAGUCAAGGAGCUUGGAGCUAGUUCUGCCCCGCUUCUCAGUGCAUCCUACUUUAUUGGCGCGCGUUGCAAGGAUUACAACGAUGACUACAUGAUGUGCAAGACCGAGGCCAAUGGCCGGGGCGAGUUUGACUGCAUGAAGGAAGGCCGCAAAGUCACCAGGUGUGCGGCGAGCGUUAUCAAGGACAUCAACGAGAACUGCCUAACACAGUUCCGCACCCACUGGCAAUGUCUAGAAAACCACAAUCAACAGUUGUGGAACUGCAGGUCUGAGGAGCGCAAGCUGAACAAAUGCGUGUUCGAGAAGCUGGGUUUGGAGAAGAAUAUACCAGAUGCGCCAAAGGGAGAGACGCCAGUCCACUUGCGUACGCGCAACAUUUUUGCUACUCACUAGGCUCUGUAUAUAUGCCGCCAGAGAGUUGCCAAGGACUGAAUCAACGACAUGAAUUCCAAUCUGCGA